AACCCUUGACGGACACCACUCGAUAACCAUAGCUCCCUGGACAUCUCACCCUAGGCUCUAACACGCCCACAAGUAUUCGAGUAGAGAGCCUUCAAUAAAAUGAUGCACUUACUCGGCACGCCUUUCAGUGAGAGACAUUGCCAUAAGACUUCUCGAUCAACGGAGUCAAAUGCCGCCUUCAGGUCGAGAGAUACAGCUAGUAUCGGAUGUCGGUAAGCCUGCCUAUGUUCCAGGACCUGGCUCAGUGUGAAUACUUGGUCGAUACAUCCACGGCCAGGUCUAAAGUCUGCUUGGUUUUCUCGGGCUCACUGUUCCCGAGCUCCACUCAGGCGUUGGAGAAUUGUAGGACCUAGGAUCUUGGAUACUAUGUUCGUCAGGCUGAUUCCUGUGUGGUUAUCACAAGAGGACUUCUCACCUUUCUUGAAGACCGGAAUAAUCAGUGAUUUAGACCAGUCAGAGGGGAUCGUAUUUGAUUCCUAUAUACUAGUUAACACUUCCGUUAACCUGACUGAGAGCACUCCACCAACAUCCUUGUAUACCUCUAGAGUUAUUCCGUCUGAUCCUGCAUCUGUUUCUCCUUUCAAGUUACCUAACGCUUUCUCAACUUCUACUAGUAUUGGGGAGUCUAUCUCAAUGUUGCAUUCAGGAUCUGACUGGAUAGCGGGCAACGCAAUGGUGGCUGGAGGCCAGAUAAACUUCUUCUCGAAGUGUUCUGCCCAUCUUUCCAGUCGUCUCCCUGCGAGUGAAUCGCAGAUCCGUCCUUCUCCGCUAUAGCCUCACUAACUGUUGUUGACCAUUUCCCCCCAGUCUCCUUAAUAAGUCUAAAUAACUGUCUACUGUUACCAGUCGCCGC